AUGCUUCAUGCAACUUUAGCUAAACAAGGAAUACGUUCUAUGCUUUAUGCACUCGGCAUUGAGACAGCUCUCAUACAGACAGUAUCACCUCUUCAACAAGCACAACUUGGCAUAGAUGAUCGGUCUUCAGGUUACUUAGGGUUACUUACAGAGAAAUUGAGAGUUUGUAACGGAGAUGGAGAAAAUGUUGAUUGCUCGUUAAUUUGUGAUUUACAACAAAUUCAACAUCUUGAGAUGAUUGCUGGACACGAUGACCCCAAGAAACUUUCCUGCAGUGGUGCUAAUGACGCACUUAAUAAAAGUCUUCGCGCAAUUGCGAACAAAAAUUCAGACUUCGAAAAAGUUCGGACAGCAAACCUUUUGAUAAUGUCAAUGGCUAAAAAUGUUUUCAUUUCCAGUACAUCCAGUGAAAUAUAUAUUGGUAGUGGUAAUAGCGUUCUUAAACAAAUGUAUCAACAACCGGAUGAAGAUGUUUUCGAAUCCCUCCGAAAGCAUGCUGAAACAGAAAAAAAAUCAAGGCAACUAUCAAUUUAUUUCUUAGGGAGACCAAUAUGGAAUUCAAAUGUUUUACGAAUAUUUAUAUUAACUAUGGAUUUUAUUACAGAAUCAUGA